UACCCGCGUAGUGUCUGGAACCGUGCUCACCUCAGGUACAGCUCCCUCCCGGUUUGUUAGCUGAAUAUUUGUGUGUUUAUUCACCUCAGAGCGUGAACUUGUAAGACAUAACUCUCGCAAUUGUGUUGCUAUCACCGGUACCAUAACACGUUCGUCGGAAAGGAAACGAGCUGUGGAAUAUGCAGAAAAUGAGCUACUUCUCCCCGCUGCUCCUUGUCUGCUUGGACUUGUGCGUGGUGUACGCUGUACGCUUGGCUCAGCUCUCACCUCUCCUCACCCCGCAUCCUUUCCUCACCCUGUGGGGAGGAGGAGUGAUCCGGGCCUGCCUCCUCAUCUCCCUCACCCUCUCUUACCCUGGAUGCCUGCCAUGGAUGAGGAGCUUCGCGGGCCUGCAGAGCGUAGGGGUCCUCUGCUUCGUCUUCCCAGUGUACACCACUCUUCUCUGGUUUCUGGAGCAGUGCACCAUGGAGGAGCUUUGGGGGUGGCACUCGUGGGAAAAGGUCAUUCAGGGUUAUGGCGUGACCGCCGUGGCCUGGCUCUACUGGAGCAGAUACGUGUCGUCUCUUUUGACCUCCUCGAGUCAAUACGUCGUGUCCCUGUUCAUGAAGAAGCCCUCGGUGAAACCUGAAGAAGACACCGUGACCAUUCUGAAGCGGCUGCUGGAAUACUUGAUGCCCUACUCCUGGCGCUUUGUUGUCGUGUUAACAUGCGUGAUUCUUGCGAGUUAUGGUGAGAUGGCUAUUCCUCGGUACAGCGGUCGUGUCGCUGAGUGGAUCGAUAAAGAGGAAGCACCUGAUGCUUUCACAGAGGCCAUUACGAUCAUGGCGCUAAUGACCAUUGCUGGUGCUGUUCUUGAGUUUUUGGGUGACCUCCUGUACAACGCCACCAUGAGCUACGUUCACAGCUCACUGCAGGGAAACGUCUUCCAGGCAGUGCUGAGACGGGAGAUUGGUUUCUUUGAUAGCAGCCCCACAGGUGAACUGGUGUCGCGCAUCACCACUGAUACCUACGAAAUAAACGAGGCACUCAGUGAUGAACUAAGUCUUGUGAUGUGGUACACGGCACGUUUCGGCUUUUUGUUGUACUUCAUGGUGUGCCAGUCGUGGAAAAUGACCUUGCUCACUUGCUUGGCACUGCCUAUCAUCUGGGUCAUCCCCGAAAUCACCGGAAAUUUCCACCAGACCAUUGCUAAACAGGUUCAGGAGUCUGUGGCCAAGGCCAACCAGGUGGCCACAGACACCUUCUCCUGCAUUAGGACAGUGAGAAGCUUUGCUAAUGAAGAUGGUGAGACAGAGAAAUACAGACAGCGGUUGAAUGACAUUUACAACCUCAACAAAACAGAAUCGAUGGCCUAUGCAGCCUCUUCCUGGGCCAACAGCAUUAACACUUUGGCCAUGAAGGUGUUUAUUCUGUACUAUGGAGGGACUCUUGUGACCAGCGGGACAGUUAGCAGCGGAGACUUGGUGUCCUUCGUCUUGUAUGAGCUACAGUUUGCCUCAGCUGUUGACGCCGUCAUCAGGUGUUACCCAGAGGUGAGGAAGGCAAUCGGUCGCUCUGAAAAGAUCUUUGAAUAUUUGGAUCAGAAACCUCAAGUGCCAGCAGAGGGCACUUUGGCUCCUGAAAAUCUUGAAGGACGCAUUCAGUUCAAAAAUGUCAGAUUUUCAUACUCUGGCAGCACAGAUGAAAACAAAAUUAUUCUUAAGGAUGUGUCUCUGGAGUUAAAGCCAGGCCAAAUCACCGCUCUUGUGGGCCUUAAUAGAGCAGGGAAGUCCACCUGCGUUAAGCUGCUGGAAAGGUUUUACCAGCCACAAGCAGGCGAGAUCCUCCUGGACGGGAAACCGCUGACAAGCUACACAAACCAGUUCCUACAUGACAAGAUUGCCGUGGUGAGCCAGGACUGUGUGCUGUUCUCUUGCUCUGUGCGGGAGAACAUCAAGUAUGGCUACAGCCACGCGUCAGAUGAGGAGAUGUACAGGGCUGCCAAGCUGGCUAACGCCCAUGAGUUCAUCCUGGGGCUGCCGAAUCAAUAUGAAACAGAUGCCGGGGAGAAGGGAGGUCAGGUGUCUGGAGGCCAGAAGCAGCGCAUUGCCAUUGCUAGAGCUUUAAUCAGAAAUCCCCAAAUCCUGAUACUGGACAACGCCACCAGUGAUUUGGACUCUGAGAAUGAAUACCAGGUCCUGCAGGCUUUGUUGAACCAUACCAACAACUGCUCUGUGCUGCUGAUUUCCAACAAGAUGAGCAUUGUAGAGAACGCCAGUCACAUCGCUGUGCUCAGUGAAGGGACCAUAAAGGAGGAGGGCAGGCACGAUGAGCUGCUGAAGAAAGACGGCCUUUAUGCUGCCAUGGUGAAAAAGAACAACAUGGGCUUUCAACGUAAAGAGGAGAGCAGCGAUGCCCAGUGAUACCUUUUGAGUUACACUCGACCCAAUGAAGUCAAGGUAGUAAAGGAUUGCGGAUUUAAAAAAAGUCAGGACUUGCGGGAUCACAACUUUAGCUGCGCUUCAAUCUUUGAACUACAAGUAUACGGUUCAUUUUUGACCCUUUAAGGCUGCAUUCACAUUAUUUAGUCUCAGUUUAAAAAUGUAUGAUUUCGGCUCCAAAUAUCUUAAAGCCUCGAAACAGAAAACAUUGAAAACGUUUGGGCUGCAUUACAUUUUUGACCGGUUUAAACUGAGAUCUUUGAGAACAAUCGGUAUGUUUCCACGCACAAUUAAGUCGAGCUAAAUCAUAGCGCCAGUUUAUAAAGACUAGCAGGGGAAUGAGUUUAUUGAUUGAAGUGCAUCCACCCUUGCUAUGCUCGGCGGGCGAUAUGCUCCCCUGUAAGCUUGUUAAAGUCGGGGAUUUCCUGUAGAGCUGCAACUAACUAUUCUGUUGAUUAUUUUCACGAUUAAUUGAGUAA